GGAGAUACCCCUAACCCCGUCGGGCUUUCACUAAUCGAGACCGGCCCUAGAUUACUUGUUUGUGCAGCUGGGUCUGCAAAGUGCAAAGGCCCACUUGUUGGAAGAGGUUCGAUGUUUUUAAUGACUCCGUGAUCCUUGCACGUAGCUUUCCAGUCCCCUGUUCUCCAUAACUAGUCAUUUUGAUCCCACCGGGGGUAUAGAGGCCAAGCGUUUCCCUUCCCAAGUCACUGGAUCUCGCUCUUGUUCUCCCCAAUCCUCUCUAUAGCACUAUAAUCUUAGGCUGUUAGUGGUGCGCCUCAGUGAGCGCUGCCACAUAAUAUGAGCGACACACACCAUACUUCCGGUGCGACGGCACCAGAUUCGAACGUUGCCACCUCUCACAUCGACACAACCCAUGAGGUGCCCUUGCAAUCCUCCACUUCAACGUUGAAGUCAGAAUCAGUUGCUGCAUCGGGAGACCUGGAAAAAGUCACCGAGAACUUCACCGACAAAGAGCUGGAGCAGGAUGGGUACGAUAUCGAGGCUGGUGUGCCUGAGCCAGAGUCAGAAAAGGCUGCCGAGAAACAAAAGGACCCGAACUUGGUGGACUGGGACGGUCCGGAUGACCCAGAGAACCCCCAGAACAUGCCUCGCUGGAGGAAGUGGAUCAUCACCAUGUCUUUCUCCUUUAUGACCACAUGGAUCACUUUCGCCAGCAGUGUCUUCUCGACUGCAACCAUCGUAACUGCCAAGGAAUUUAACGUCUCGACGGAGGUCAUGGUUCUAGCAACCAGCUUGGUGGUGUUUGGAUUCGCAGUCGGCCCACUGUUCUGGUCACCCUUGUCGGAGCUGUAUGGGCGCAGGAUACCGUUGUUCUCGGGGUACGCCGUCUUCGCCAUCUUUCAGAUUCCCGUUGCAGUGGCACAUAACGUGGAGACUAUCUUGGUCUGCCGAUUCUUGAUCGGCAUCUUUGGCUGUUCGCCCCUUGCUGUCGUUGGUGGCGCCCUGGCGGACUUUUGGGGCCCUGUUGAUCGCGCGGUAGCUAUUGCAGCAUUCGCCAGCGCCACAUUUGUCGGGCCUGUGCUUGGUCCCAUUGUUGGAGGGUACCUGACCGAUUCGUACCUUGGCUGGCGGUGGACGGCUUGGAUUACAUUAAUCGCCUCGGCGUCAUUUGGCAUGUUGGCCUUCUGUAUCGUUCCCGAAACCUAUGCACCCGUCAUCCUUCAAAAACGUGCAGCACGCCUUCGCAAGGAGACGGGCAACUCGGCUCUGUACUCACUCCUGGACAAGAAUCGGCCCACCAUGAACGACAUCGUUACCAAAUACCUCCUGCGGCCAAUUAUGAUGCUUUUCCUCGAACCGAUCUUGCUCGCGGUCACCCUUUACUUGGCGCUGGUGUACGGAAUCCUCUAUCUCUUCUUCGAAGCCUACCCCGUCUCCUUCGAGGAAGUGCGCGGAUGGACCAACGAGGGUAUCGCCGGAUUGCCGUUCAUUGGCAUCUUGAUCGGGGUUUUCUGUGGCGUUGCCCUGAUUGUUUGGCAGACGAAAACGCGGUUUGCCCAAAAGCUAGCUAAACAUGGCCGUGUGGUGCCAGAGGAGCGCCUGGUCCCUAUGAUGAUUGCGUCCAUCAUGUUGCCUGCCGGUCUCUUUUGGUUCGGCUGGACCUCGCAUCCCAGUACUCCUUGGGGAGCUCAGGUUGUUGCCGGUAUUCCCAUUGGCAUGGGUAUCCUGGUGAUUUUCAUGCAAGGUCUCAACUACAUCAUCGAUGUGUAUCUGAUGUUCGCCAACUCCGCCAUUGCUGCCAACACCUUGGUCCGGAGUAGCCUUGGUGGUGCUUUUCCGCUCUUUGCCACGCAGAUGUACGAUCGGCUGGGCGUGGACUGGGCCUCCAGUCUUCUCGGCUUCAUUACCGUCGCCAUGAUUCCCAUUCCGGUCCUCUUCUUCUUCUACGGCAAGAAGCUUCGGGCCAUGAGCAAGUUCAGUCCCAAGCUGUAACUUGAGCCAGGAUCAAAAGUGAAACAGGAGUGAAAAGCGUCUUAUCUCGUCUCAUGGUUCUCACGUUUAGAUGAUGCUUGUAUAGCAUUCUCACGCAUCAGCAUGGCGUUUUUCGGUGGUCACAUUAUAUUCGAAUGACUAAUGUUUAUUGGAUGGGGGAGGGAGAUAGAUGGAUGUUAAUAGACAGCGGUUGCAUUUACAGCUUCAUGUAUGCUCAUCAAAACAU